UCCUGCUCAAUCCUGCGAGGAGGCGAUGUGUGUGAGCAGUGUGAUGUGUCUGAGGAGUGUGUGGAGUGUACGGAGCUGACCUCAGUCCCCCCACACACACAGCACUAAAGCGCGUCCGCGGCAGGACAGGGCAGGGAGCGCGCGCUGCUCAUCGGCCCGUUGGUUUCUCGCGGAUUUCUGGAACUCAAAGGAAAAGCGCUGCAUCUCCGCACGAGCCUCUCCGGACAGGAUACUCCGGACAGGAACAUGUCCAUCCCGCAGCUUGCCUACAAGUACGGCCGGGCGCUGUACCCCGCCGAGGCCCCCCACGGGCCGCCCGGGGGUCUGUCCGGGGCACUGGCCGCCCUGUACGGAGCGCCCUUCAGCGGCAGCAGCCACGGAUACAGCGCCUUCCUGCCUUACUCCGGCGAGCCGGCCGCGCUCGGACACCUGGCCUCUCCAUACGAGCUGAAGGACAGUCCAGGCAUCCAGCACCCAGGCUUCCCGCACGCCCACGCGCCCUUCUUCCCCUACGGCCACUACCAGCUCGGCGACCCCUCACGGCCCAAGAACGCGACCCGCGAGAGCACGAGCACCCUGAAGGCCUGGCUGAGCGAGCACAGGAAAAACCCGUAUCCCACCAAAGGCGAGAAGAUCAUGCUGGCCAUCAUUACCAAGAUGACCCUCACACAGGUCUCCACCUGGUUCGCCAACGCCCGCAGGAGACUGAAGAAGGAGAACAAGAUGACCUGGGCUCCAAAGACCAGGACAGACGAAGAUGGGAACGUGUUCGCGAGCGACAACGAGGAGGGCGAGGAGGAGGACAAGAGGGACGAUGACGACGACGAGGAGGAGAUCGAUCUGGAGAAUAUCGACACCGAAAACAUUGAGAGCAAGGACGAGCACCCCGAUUACCGGGGCGACCUUAAACCGGACUCCAGAGGGGCAGACAGGAGCGACUCGGAGGAGUUCGAGGACACGCAGGGGCAUGAGAAAAGUUUCAUAAAGAGCGUGAUAAAGGAGAGCAGGGACAGUACAGCACAGGGGACACGGGACGACCACAGCAAAGGACCAGCAGCCGAACCUUUGGGCAAUCUGAGUCCACCGCAAAAGCCCAAAAUCUGGUCGUUGGCUGAAACCGCGACUACACCGGACAACCCGAAAAAGUCCCCGCCGCUGCUGAACAGGAGCCACGGGCCACUGCAGAGCUCGGUGGGGAACCUCCACAACUGGACUAAAAUGGCCUUUUCAGCCCAGCACAUGUCUUUAAGUAACCAUUACCUGGGACUUAAACACGCGGCCAACAGCACAGUCUCAAACCAGCACAUGGACAGCAGGACUCACGUCUUAUGAGCCGUUUCUAAUUGACAAUGGACUCUGAAUAUUAUUAAUAUUAUUAUUAUUUCUUUUUCGUAAUGUUUUGAUAUUCUCCAUCUAAAUGUAAUAAUUUUCACACCACAAACACUGCUUUGGUUUUCCGAAAUUAUAUAAAAAUACCUAUUGAUUUUUUAAAAGGAAAAAAAAACCCGACACAUUUAAUUUGUAAUAGACGGAUGUUGCCUAGCACUUCCCUUCAGAUGAGAGUAUAAUAGAGUAAAGGUUUAUAUUGCUAACUUAUGAACAUUUUCACCAGGUUUAUUUAUCAGAUCACGCUAUUGUCUCAUUUAUCUCUGGACACAUUUCUUUUUUUUAUUCACGAUCUGCAUUAGUUCCAUUAUUUUAUUUCUAUCUCUAUUAUUGUUUUUAUUUUUGUGUUUGUUGCAGAAUAACACACCAAGCCAAAAUUAAGCACCGACCCAUUCUCUCUGUGUGAGAUCUAAAGAGUGCAUGUUGCCUUUUUAUGAGCACUAAUGAGCCUCAAUCGCUCUAAUCUUGUUUUAGACCUUUACACACACACAAAACACACACACACACACACGGACGUAACUAAAUGUGUUUUCGCAUUUUCCAGAGCUUUUUUUUUUAAACCGCAGAUUGCAUUCGGUAAUUUACUCCAAAUGCAGCGCUUUUAGAAGUGUAUUUUGAUCGCAAUUCGUUCCCUUUAGCACACACAAAAAUGCAUUAAUUUUAGAAAAAUUAAAACACCUAUAUUGACAUAUAUUUUCCCAACAUACAUCAUUUUAUACUUGUCAUGAAGGCACGUUGUGUUGAACCAUUUCAUUCGUUGCUUUUCUAACUGGUGUUCACUACGGAAUGGAGUAGGUUGUGUUUAUUGGUUUUGUAAAUGUAAGAUGAAUUUUACCUACUUGAAAAUAAUAUUGUACAAAACUAUAUUUUAAAUAUUAAAAACGAAGACACACUUUUA